AGGCAAGUCAAGUAAUCAAUUUCGCUGGUUUCAAACGCGCAUGAGCGAAAAUUGAUCGAUUACUGGCUGCUGCUGGAUACAAACAAAAUAACAGCAGAAAUUUAAAACUAAAAAUGGCGCUCACAUGGGAAGACAAAGAAAUACGUUUUGAUAUACCAUUUUCUGAAAUGCGAUUAAAAUCAGGUGAAAAAGUUGUUGAUCGCCUUGAUAGCGUGGAAGAUACUAAAGGAAAUGCAGGUGACCGUGGAAGAUUGAUUAUUACAACUUUACGAGUCCUGUGGCAUUCAAUUCGAAGCCCACGUGUCAAUCUAACUGUUGGUUAUAAUACCAUUUUGAACAUUAGUACAAAAGUGGUAAACUCGAAGUUGCGUGGGACAACACAAGCCCUUCAUCUUCUCACCUCAUCGAAUAACACACGUUUUGAAUUUAUAUUUACGAAUUUGAUUCCGGGUAACAUGCGGCAUUUCACUUCAGUGAUGGGUGUUCAUAAAGCAUACAUGUCUUCAAAAUUAUACCGUGAAUUAAAGCUACGUGGAGCGGUCGUGCAAAACAAGCAAUUGAAAAUUUUACUGGAGCAAGUCUUUACGACAUUGCAUGGAGUGUGGAAUCUUUCUAGUGACCAAGGCAGUCUUGGUACUCUUAUCAUAAGUAACGUCCGAAUCGUAUGGUUUGCAGAUAUGAAUGAAGGCUUCAACAUUUCUUUACCCUAUUUACAAAUAGAAUCGAUUAAGAUCCGAGACUCUAAGUUUGGAACAGCUUUGGUGAUUACCAGCGGAUCAUACGUGCUAGGUUUCCGUAUUGAUCCUGAAGAUAAACUGAAGAAUAUCUUUCGAGAAUUGGCUAGUUUACACUCUGUGUACACAAAAGACCCUAUUUACGGCGUGGAAUUUAAUUGGACCCAAGCAACACAGCCGGAAGCACCUAGUUCCCAAUUAAUCAUCGAUCAAUUCAACGAAGUAGAAGAACCCAAAGGAGAAAUGACCAAUGUGUUAACAGCAUACUUGGCAGAUGAGGGGCAUGCCAAGGACAGACUACCUGUGUACUCUGAUGAGUUGGGUUUUGCCAUCGAGACCAUCAAAGAGGGAUACACUUUACAGAAACUGUGGGAGGUAAUCCCGCUGUAAUUAAUACGCAAAUGUAUAUUAAGUAUCAAGUGCGCUUAACGGCACAAAAGGAUAAGGAAGUAGACAAAAUAUUUUAUUAUGAUUGCGGCAGGAAUAUACAAAUAUAUUUCACUAGCAACUAGUGUUGAGCCACAUUUACUUCGGUCUCGUUAUUAGCAUCUACUCCUUGCUGUCCUCGCCACUUUGCAAACAGUUUCUUCAAUAAUAAAUCAUUCAUGUGGGAAUGUGGCAAACGCCGGAUCUGAUUGAACCCGCUUCCACUGAUUGACAGAAUAUGUGAGAUAUUAUCCGCUUCGGUACAUGAAUUGUGAACGUGAUGUUGCCGAUGGAGCAUAGUCCUUUGACGACUUGUUUUUGUCGCACGUGGUGAUAGAGAUAUUUGACGCCUACGAUUUUUUACAUUUGCAGGAUUCUAAAAGAAAAUUAACAAAAUAAAUACUUAUCAAGUUUAACAAUCUAUACGCACUUUUAAAUAUUGCUUCGACUUGUAAAUUUCUGAUUGUAAAUUGUUAUCACAGACAUCUUCAAAGUUUAAACCUAGAAUACCCAAAAAUAAUGUUAUUCAUAGAAAAAACAUGAAAUAUCAAAUGUUUUACCUGGGUUUUUACAUUUUUCGCCUGAUUUCUUGCUCGUUUGCCGUUUUGAACUCAACGAAGGAAAUUUAAACUUCAUUUCAACUUCGUCGUCAUGAUUAUUGCUAAAUGUAACACUCCAACCAUCUGCAAAUGUUAAUAUUUUAUUAAAUACACAUUUGUUCAGCUGAAAAA